UCCGACGACCGCCCAGCCGCCGCCCAGGAACCAAUCGCCGGCGCGCCGCCCCCUCCAUAAGAAUCGCUCAAGAUCGAUAAAGAUCCACGUGAGGUUGCUAAACAACACGGCCCACGAUCUCGAGGUGGACGGCUCGGACACCAACGGCAGCGUGAAGACGAAGAUCAUGGAAAAGGAGGGAGUCCCACCGCAGCAGCAGCUCCUCUUCUUCGCCGAUGAGGGGCUGGAGGAUGCCCGGACGCUCGCGGACCAUGGCAUCGAGGACGGGGCCUCGGUUUGCCUGAUCGCCAUCAACAUGAUGCAGGGUUAAUUAGUUUGAUAAAUCGACGAGUGAUUUUCAGUUUAAUUUUGUACUUCGUUUUAUCGUUUUCAGUUUUGCUGCAUCGUGUUGUGCAGCUGCAUGACACAGCUAGUCGUUUACAUAUGCAACGAUCUAUGGUUCUGUCAGAGAUUAGUACUAUCAUGAUCUGAAACUAGCAGGUCACACAUUAAUUAAACAGCCGUGUAUAUAUGCUUGA